CAAUUUGACGGCUGCGCAGCGCGCGUGGGCGAAGAAAUCGGAGCGGAACUCCCAAAACUCCCUCGUCUCUGUCACCCCGUCUUUCUUGUUUUAGGUCCACAAAAUACGAACAACAACAGAGCGCAGCCGCUGGCAAGCAAGAGCCAACGCUUCGACAGUUCCGCCACCGCCAACUGUCCAUCCUCCACCAUCAAUACCUCCUCCCUCUCCUCUCCUUAUAAAGCGCUCUAAGCUGCCGCAGUCAUACAAACCAAAAGAAACAGAGAGUUCCUGAUUGACAAAAUGGCGGCAAUCAACAACCAGAUGAUCUCCAGUAGAACCUCCGCCGACGCCUCCGGCCUCUUCUCCUCUUCCAGAAGCUUCUCCGGCGGCGACCGCUCCGCCGCCUUCCUCUACGUCGCCAAACCUGCGAGGAGAUCCGUACCUUCUGGCUUCAAGCUAAGAUCGAUGAAGCUCUCGGAGCCGUCUGUUCCCUUGCCCGACAUUCCCAUCUCGCCCAACGGUCCCGUACCUGCUGAGAAUCUAAAUUCUGCUCCUGACAGCCUAGCAGUGAAUCAUAUCUUGGGCUAUGACAAGACGAGGCCAAUUGCUCUGCGGAAGACGAAGAUAGUCUGCACGAUUGGUCCAUCGACGAGCUCUCGAGAAAUGAUAUGGAAGCUGGCAGAAACUGGGAUGAACGUGGCUCGUUUGAAUAUGUCGCAUGGAGACCAUGCCUCGCAUCAGAAGACGAUUGAUCUGGUUAAAGAGUAUAAUGCGCAGUUUGAGGACAAAGUUAUUGCGAUCAUGCUCGACACUAAGGGUCCUGAGGUUAGAAGUGGAGAUUUGCCUCAACCGAUCAAUCUCGAGGAGGGUCAGGAAUUUAAUUUCACAAUCAAAAGAGGUGUUGCAACUGAGGACACAGUGAGUGUGAAUUAUGACGACUUUGUGAAUGACGUGGAGGUUGGAGAUACUCUACUUGUGGAUGGUGGAAUGAUGUCGUUAGUUGUGACGUCAAAGUCGAAGGAGUUGGUUAAAUGUGAAGUAGUUGAUGGUGGGGAACUAAAAUCACGACGGCAUUUGAAUGUGCGUGGUAAAAGUGCAACUCUUCCUUCAAUUACAGACAAAGACUGGGAAGAUAUAAAAUUUGGAGUGGACAACCAAGUAGAUUUUUAUGCUGUCUCAUUUGUUAAGGAUGCUAAAGUGAUCCAUGAAUUGAAAGAUUAUCUCAAGAGCAACAAUGCAGACAUCCAUGUGAUCCCAAAGAUAGAAAGUGCUGAUUCUAUUCCAAACCUUCAUUCAAUUCUUUCUGCUUCUGACGGGGCUAUGGUUGCUCGUGGAGACCUCGGUGCAGAACUUCCCAUUGAGGAAGUUCCUCUGUUGCAGGAAGAUAUCAUUAGAAGGUGUCACAGCAUGCAGAAACCAGUUAUUGUGGCAACAAACAUGCUAGAAAGCAUGAUUGAUCAUCCUACACCAACAAGGGCUGAAGUAUCUGAUAUAGCAAUUGCAGUUCGUGAAGGAGCUGAUGCUGUCAUGCUUUCUGGAGAAACUGCUCAUGGAAAAUACCCGUUGAAAGCUGUUAAAGUAAUGCAUACCGUGGCAUUGAGGACAGAGGCAAGUUUGCCUGCAAACACAACUCCCCCGUCUCAGGAUGCACACAAGAGCCAUAUGGGCGAUAUGUUUGCCUUCCACGCUACAAUCAUGGCAAACACUCUUAAUACGCCCAUCAUUGUUUUUACAAGAACUGGAUCCAUGGCAGUGCAGUUGAGUCAUUACCGCCCUUCCUCGACAAUUUUUGCCUUCACAAAUGACGAAAGGAUGAAGCAGAGACUGGUACUUUACCAGGGAGUCAUGCCAAUUUAUAUGGAGUUCUCAAAUGAUGCAGACGAGACCUUCUCUCGCGCACACAGGCUCCUAGUGGACAAGGGCCUGUUGGUCGAAGGACAGCACGUGACUCUCGUCCAGAGCGGAGCUCAACCGAUUUGGCGCGAGGAGUCAACGCACCACAUCCAAGUUCGUGAGGUUCAGAGCUGAUUUUUAUGCACCGUAUGGAGUCUCAUAUUCCAGAUUGUUUUCUUAACUGAAGUAGGUUGUUGUGAACUAGCUGCACUUUAUAUACUUACGUGAACAUUCGUUUAUCGAUACAAGCAUUAACAUUUCCAUAGCACGGAAGGCCAAAGAUCUUAAUGGAAUUCUUUUUUCUCUCUCGAGUUCUGAUUGUUUGUUAUAAUAUCCUCUUAACUUGGACAAAUAAAACGGCACCUGCCUGAAGUUUCUGCAUCGACUUCGAUCUUCGCAGCUCUGGCAUUGUUCAUGUUUAUCGUCCUUGUCCUUUCUCGCACUCUUCUGCUAGUAACUGAAGAAGAUAGUACUCUGUAGGUAAUCAUACAGUUCAUUUCCAGGCUUAGAUUUAGAAUGAGGGUAGCUGAAAAAAGUUACAGCUGCCCUCAUUGAAAACCUCCCUCAUUUCCCAAUCCCUAGCUUUACAUAAGAUCAGCACAUUCCCCUCUUUCUACAAAAGCAACAGAAACCCAUUCCACUCUCUAUUUAUUCAUAUGUAUAUUGCUUGCUAAAAUGCUUCAACUUGUUAACACAGACCAAGUUACAUAGCUUUAGACUCCACACUUGUGGUUAUCAUCAUCACUAUACUCAUCAUCAUCGUCAUCUUCGUCUUCCUCCGCCGAGUUGCUGUUGUUCUUCCCUUCGAGCUUGAUGUUCUUGUACCACUUGGCACAAGCAAUGUACACAACCAAGUCGAGGGACGUCAGGGCAGCCAGCAGGAAGUAGAACCUGUCCAGGUGACCUCUGUUCAGAUUCGACGGGAUCCACCCUGGCAUGUGAUCCACGGUCGAGAUCUUCAUCACCAUCGUCACCAGCAGGCUGCUCACGUAGUUCCCGAGCGAGAUCGAGGUCAUGCACAGCGCGCUGCCGAAGCUCUUCAGCCCGUCGGGUGCCUGAGCAUUGAAGAACUCCAACUGCCCGACGUACAUGAACACCUCGGAGGCUCCUAUCAGCGCAUACUGCGGUAUCUGCCACAUUAUGCUCAAGGAGCUCGACCCUUCACAGUGCGUGCAAUCCUUCCGUGCGUGCUCGAGCCUGUAGCACUCCACGGUCCCUGCGCAGACCAUCGCGAGUACGGCGAUCACGAGCCCGACCCCCAUCCUCUGCAGCUCGGUGAGCCCCUUGGCGUCCGUUCCUUUGAUCCUCGCGACCAGAGGGUCCAGUACCCGCCUGUACAGGAAGAUGAAGAGGGCGACGCUGAGGAUGUCGAAGCUCGACAUGCUGGCUGGUGGGAUCUUGAAGUUGGAUAUGGUCGUGUUCAUCGCAGCGCCUUGCUCGACGAACAGAGACGCCAUCUGCGUGAAGACGACGGAGUAGAUGAUGGUGCAGAGCCAGAUUGGGAGCAGCCUCAGUAUGCAUUUCACUUCCUCUACUUGUGAUACAGGGCACAGCCUCCACGGGUUGCGGAACCCUCUCUUCUGAUCAUCCAUGUCUCUUGAUGUAAUGUAAGCCGCUCUGUCCAGAAACUUGAAUCCAUGUGUGUGCAGGAUCUUCCUCCCAUUCCCAUUCCCAUUCCCACUGCCAGAGCCGUCUUUCGCAUCGACAUCAUACAACCCGCCAUCGCCAUCUCCUCCCAGCGAAAACUUGCACUUCUUUAUGGACGCCACAAUCACCUGACAGAACCGCGACAGUGGGUUCCCCGUGGGCUUGAAGUGUCGAUACCUGCUCGAACCCGCGAGGAACAGGGCCAGGGCAGCGAAGGCAGAGCCAGCAGACGCCCAGAACCCGAGCGCCCACACGCCUUCGUCCUCGAAGUAACCCAAGAUGGUGUUGGAGAAGAGGGAGCCCAGGUUCAGGGCCAGGUAGAAGUAGCUGAAGAAGGCGACUUUCGAGUGUCCUUCGAAGGGGUCUUCCUCGUCGAACUGAUCUGCUCCGAAUGUGGCAAUGUUGGGCUGGUAGCCUCCAUUUCCGAGGGCAAUGAGGUAGAUCGAGAGGUAGAAGAGCCCUACUUCCACGUUGGUAUGGACUCCACAUGGCGUUUCGGCGCUCCCACAGCCUUUUGGGCGUAGCAGGAAGAGGUAGGAUGACAGUGACAGCAACACCAAACCCUGGUUUGUGGAAACACAGAGCUGUUGAGAUUUUUGCACCAAACACAAAAAUCAAAUUGGGUCGAGAUGAUCAUUUUUUUUUAGUCAAAAGGAUUUUUUUACCAUGACGAAGAUGCCUUGAAAAAUGGCACAAGUCUUGUAUCUUCCCCAGUAGGAGUCGCUGAGGAAAGCACCAACGAGGGAGAAUAUGUACACGGUUCCAGUCCAUUUGCUGACAUUGUUAGCAGCUUCAGCGUUGUCCUGCUGCAGAACUCUGGUAAGAAAUAGCACCAAGUUCACCCCAACUCCGAAGAAGGCCAAGGUAGCCAGCCCUUGAUUCACUGCAGGAUGAUGAUUCCGGCAGUCCACUGCCCCGAUUUGGAUUUGAGCGCCGGCCUCCCUUUCCAAUCCACCGUUCCGUCCAUCGUAAUCGUACUACCGGUGUCGUCGUUCCCACAUCCAUAGUCUCGGUCGAACUCCUGAUCCUCCACGUCCUUCACCUUCUUUCCCUACGCACACAUUUCACACACCUCCCUCAUACAAUUGGCCAUUUUUUUUUUUGUAGCUAGGCUGGGAGGAUUCUGUAAGAGAGUAUCUAGAGAGUGUAAAUUUUUGGGAUCUUCAAGACAGUACUGUUGGAAAUAUGUUUAGAGAGAGAGAGAGAGAGAGCAGUAGAUGGAGC